AUGGGGGCCGUGGAGGUGGCGGCGGCGGCGGGCAGGCAGAUGCUGGUGUAUCGUACGAGUCCGCACGCCGUUAAGCCGCUGAGGCACGCGCCCGCCGGUCGCUCGACCGCCACUUGCGCGCCCCCCCCUCAGCCGGAUCUUCAGUGCAACCCCCAGCGCGCCCCUCCGCCCAGCCACGGGAGAAUCAGCAUAGAAGUCGCCGCGCUGCCCCCUUCGACGCCGCCGCCUCCACCGCCGCCGCCACCGCCACCACCGCCGCCGCCUCCACCGCCCACCCCCGCACCACUGCGACUGCGCGUCGCCUCCGCGAGCUGGCGCUACAGGUCAAUAAGAAAUGAGAAGAUGAAGUAG